UUAGCGAAUUGGCUUAGUGACUCAACAUGGCCGAGCAAGAAAACACGUCCGUCUCUCCCCUUCGUUCUUUGGACGAUUUUCUUAUGGAAUCUGCAAGAUUCCAGAUUCCAAAUUUUAAGGAUGGAGACAAAUGGGCUAACAGAGUCAUCCAGAACCUUCUUUACUACCAAACAAAUUAUUUCCUGACUUACUUCGUCAUAUUUGCCGUUGUUGGGUCUCCAUUACUGAGAGCGACGCACUCCAGAGACAAGGUCCCCAAACCAGGGAAUCGACCAACAGAAAUUGCGCUUAUUGCAACCACACCAUACAAAGUCACAGAAAUUAUCCAAAUGUCUGAUGUGAUUUUAUCUGACUGUGACAUGAUGACAUUACUUACUGCAAGUCUAUUAGAGCAAGUGAUAAUUGUAAUAGAUCAGCAUUUGGCAGUAGAAGCUGAACCUUUGGGAAUCAUCUUCAUCCAUGCCUCCAUGAGACUGCGCAACCUCAAGAACAAGCUGAUGAACAAGAUUGAAUACAUCGGCCUGAAACGCACUCCUAUGGGGGUGAUCCUCGAUGCUCUCGGCCUGGAGCAGGAGUUCAUGAUGUAGGCAGAAGAAUGUUGUCGUGUAACUUACUACUGUUGUCAUAUCUUGAGAAUCCUGUUCCUGAAAGUGCUUAUGUGCUUCGGCUUUUCUCUCUCUUUUUUCCCCCCCAGUGAAGAAUAGUGUUCUUACCACGUAAUGUUUGAAUAGGAGACAAGACUUUGGUCGCAGCACCUAAGAUUAGCACCAGUUUAGACAGUGAAUUUUUGGAUGGGAUUUUAAAUUGUACUUGCAAACUCUUUAAUUUUUUUUUAAUCCCCCCCCCCCUUUUCUUUUCUUUUUUAAGAGCAUUAUUGUCUUAGUAUUUGUAAUAAUUGGGUUGUGCUCUUCCUAGGUAUAGUGCAACAUGUCGGGAUAGAAUGGUUAAACUAUGUUCCUGCAACUGAAGGAAACUCUAGAUUUAGAAACAAAGUGUUAAGGAUCUAGUCUUAUUUCAAUCAAAGAAAUUAGCUAAGAAUUAGGAUUACAUAAUACAGAUAUUUAUAGAUCACGUUUACACUGACCGUACUCUGCCAUACUAUUGAAACCAGAUAAUUUAGUCGUUAUAUUGAUCUAAACUUAUAUACGUCACUGUAAAUUUAUUUGAAAAUUUAGUUUAAACUAAAAAGUUAAGUACUGAUCCAAAACAUUUAGUAUGUUUUUUUUGUUUUUUUAAGAAGGAUUAUUGUUAACUUUUUUAAAGGUUUAUUUUUUCAAGGGUUGUUUAGCAUAUUUUCAGAAAAAAUAGCCCCUACCAGAGAGGGUUGUAGUUCACCUCACUUAGAAGAGGAGCCAACCAGAUGUGAUUUUUUUUUUCUUCUUCUUCUCAAGAAUGAAAGAAAUUCUAUCGUGUUACACAUCCUGCAACAUUAUGUAAAUGUAGUGUCGUAAGGGUUUGAUUGAGUAUUUUCUGGAAUUUUUAUUAUUGUACAAGUAUAGUAUUUUUUUAACAUAUAGAAAUAUCAGAUCAGGAUCUUUUGCUUGAGCAUAUUCAGUUUGCCUGUUUAAGAUGCAUGACUUCAGAUCAAGGGGUUAUUAUUAUAAUAGAAUGCAAUGUGACAUUUAGAAAAGAGUACAGAUGAAAAUAAUUUUGUAAUGCAAGCUGUGUAACUGACCCAUUGAUGUUCCAUAUUUUUGGAAUUUCUUAAAAAUUUACACCACUCUGAAGAUGGAAUAUUGAAACAUCAGUCAUAUAGCUGGAUCUAGAAUGAUUCAUAUUCAUUCAUACCUCUUUUCUAUAUGGCUACAAUUUCUCCACACAGUUCAAAUGCUUGAUAUUAACUGCAUCAUUUCCUCUUUCUUUGGCCACAUAAAGUGAUUGUCAGAAGAAACACUCCUUCAGGUAAUGUGUUAUCCUGUUGUAGGAGUAUUCAUGAAAAAAAGAAAAGUAUUCUUGGCGUAUUAGCUCCUUUUUUUUCUGUCUUUCUGUUUUAUUUUUUCCCCCUCCUAUAUAUAACUGUAGGCCUAUUGCUCAUGCAUGCGUUUACUAAGGCUUCAUAGGCAGAAGAUAUCAGUAAUUUGAGCAGCUCUAGCUUUAUUCUAGGUCUUAUUUUAAAGAGUGGAGUGGGUAAGGUGUUAUUAUCUUUUUUAUUAUUUUUUAGUUUCAUUUCAACAUUUUGCUUAAUUAUAUAAAUGUAACAGUGUAGAUUGCUUGCUUUUGACUGGUUUACUUAUUACAGUGUCUGUUUCCAUGUGUAAAUGUUUUAUACACAUACCAAUCCUUUUUCUUUUUCUGGUUGAUAUUUACUUAUUCCAUCAAUAUUUUCUCUCACUUUUCAGAAUCUGAAUUAAGAUGGAAUGAUUUAUUUAUUGAUUGAAGUUUGCUUUAGUUAUAUGACCUUCCAUACAACAUUUUUCUGAUAAGUUCAUCUGUUAUAAUUAAUUUGAAACUGGUCUCUUCCCUUACAUUUAUUUUAUAGCAUUAUGGUCGUUAGUCUCUCUCUCUCUGGUCCCUCUUUCUCUCCCCUCUCCCCUCUCUUCACAUCCCUAUCCUUCUGCCUUUCCUACAUUGUCUGAUGAAAGCACUUAGACAUUUCCAACUUUCCCUAUAGUUCCAGGUUGAAUCUCGAGGGGUCCAAGUUGAAUUUCGAGGGAAGUGCCAAAAUCCUAGAGACUUUCAACAAGCUGUCUGGCUACCAAUAACUGCGGACACUUACACGAGCAUGACUUAGCCAGCUGUGCCACUUCUAACCUCUUUGUUGUUGUUUUCUUUUUAUUCUCAUGAAUCGUGCAUGAUUUGUCAGCAUUGUCACCCUGAUUAGUUAUUUAUAUUUAGCCAUGCCUGACUUUUUUAUUAAUUUUAAGCUUUUAUUUUUUAAUGGUCCCUCUCUAUCUCUCUUUUUCCACUAGGAAAUGGAAAACAGUCUUACUAUGCAUAUUUGGAAGUCAUUCAUAAUCACAAAUCAUUAGAUAUUUACUAUUGUCUAUGAUAUAUAGUGUGUGUGGGGUGGGGUAGGGGUUUGAAUCAUUAUUUUAUCCUCUGGAACUUUUGACUAUUUAAUACUCACCUUUUGUAACAGUCGUUAAUAGAGUGGUGGAGGCUACAUAUAUGGAUAUAGAUUUCAUGUAAUUGAAGGUUGUAACAGGUAUAUUUAACCCAAUGCCGACGGGUGGUUUCCCAAUACGCAAUUCCUCUCUCCUGGGUUGUAUUCAUGGUGACCCGGUCCCUGUUGCCGGCAUAACCAUAGAUGCCCCCGGAAAACAGGAUUGGUGCAUCGUGGCAUGUAUGCACAUGCAUGCCACCUGGAAUAUAGUCCAGGCAUGCCAUGUCAUGUAUGUACAUGCACCUGGUGGCUAAAGGUUAAAGUAAUGUAUUCCAUAGUUUUUUUUUUUUUUUUUUUUUUAUCAUGCUAUUGAAUAGAAAUCUAAGACUGCCAGUUAAGUAUUGUUUACCAGUUUUACUUUAGAAGUAUAAUAGACACCAUAAUUGUCAUAUUUCCAUUUAAAACAACUAGACCAAAUCUUUGCAAAAGUACCACUGAACAUUUGCAUAUGACAUCUCAAAUUGUAGCAUUAAUAUCUCAAAUAAUUUCCAAUCUGUGCAGUAUUAUGAGGUUACAGUUGCAUUAACUUAGAGUUUAUGCUUGUUUUUCUUCUCAUUUUUCUUCUAUUUAUCUUAUUCGGUAGACUUUUAGAAUACCUGUUAUUUAUGGGAAGCUGUUGUUUGCUUCAUAUAGUCUUCAGUAAGCAACCACAAGACAUUCAGACUUUAAUGUUGUAGAAAACAGAAAAAAUGGGAAAGACAGUGCUGUCUUCUAUCUAAGAUUAUGAAAGUUGAUCUGAAGUGUUUAAUUUAUUGAUUUUAAAAGAUGGUCCACAGUACAUUUAGUAGAUGCUAUAUAGGAUACCCAUGGUAUUGUAGGGAUAAUUCACCAAGUAAACUUAGGGUGAUUUCAACUGAACUACAGAAUGUCAUGAACUAGUUAAAGAAAAGUAAGGAAAGAAAAGUGUCUAUAUUUUUAAGUGGUACUUAAGGUUUUCCUCCAUUGUGAUUUAAAUUGGCCUUUUUGAGAGUUUUGUAGUGCAGUGAUUUUGGAAAAGGGAUUUAUGUACAUGUCCUUUUCACUAUGGUUAUCAUAUUUUUUUGCGGAAGUCUGUAAGUUCCUGGAUAAAUAAAUAGGUUAAAAUAAUGUU